CCAAAUUCUUCAUUGGGAUGGUGCUCUGGCUUCAAGCCUGGAAGAAAACCGUGGAGCGGACCAGAGUGACAGACCACGUCGUUGGGAUAUCUUUGUUCCGCGGUACAUUGAGCAACAAUUAAACAGAUUGUCAGCGGUGUCUGUCAGUGCUGUUUUACAGACAAGUUCAUCAGUUCACAGCGCACUGACUAGAGACAAACUGCAAUAAGUAUUAGAUGUUGUCAAGGAACUUUUCUGGAGGAACCUGGCUGCAUUGAGACUGUAUUGACUGUAGUGAACUAACCGUCGCGUGAGAUAAGACGGUAGGCACGAGGCACCGGGAGACAGGCAACAGACAUGAUGACGGAUAUCACCGGUGCAGAGUUUGAGAUCGACGUGGAGAGUCUGGAGACCGAAAGUGACGACCAGGACCAGCCGGACUACAGCUCUUCUCUGCCCUGCGCAGGAGACAACGAGCCGCGGGCCAAGGGAGAUGACAAGCCGGGCGCCACCAGCCAGGGGUCCGGUGAACAGCGGAAGCUAAGCCGGACGCCGAAGUGUGCCCGCUGCAGAAACCACGGCGUGGUGUCGUGUCUGAAGGGGCAUAAGCGGUUCUGUCGCUGGAGGGACUGCCAGUGUGCCAACUGUCUUCUGGUAGUGGAGAGACAGCGGGUCAUGGCGGCUCAGGUGGCGCUACGGAGACAACAAGCUACAGAGGAUAAAAAGGGAAUUUGUGGGAAGCAAAUUCCAGCAGAGAGAAGAGCAAUUUACCAGAGACACAUCAGGCCAUCAACGAUGCUGGCUAAGAGCAUUCUGGAAGGAUACCGUCCAGUGCAGGGUGACCCGUACCUGGGGGCCAGCCCGUCCCUCCCGCCGCCUCUCAGCGACAGGAUGAGGAAGAGGAGAGCGUUUGCUGACAAAGAGCUGGAGAGGAUCAUGCUGGAGAGAGAGUACAAGGAGAGAGAGCUGCUAGGAACCUCCCAGGCUGCUACAGCCUCUCUGCUCUUCCCCAACAGUCUGGUCCGGCAUGCUGCAGAGUACAAGUCCUACAAGGCAGCCCCGGAGGAGCCUCAGCACAACAACAAGGAACUCUGUCGCUUCCUGUCACCCAGCUGUGUGGACCUCUCCCUGAAAUAUGCCACCAGCCCCAGCAACAUGGAGCUCAUCUCCUCCAAUGUCUCCGUGGCGACCACCUACCGCCAGUACCCUCUGACCUCACCGCUGACCUCUUCGCGGGGGUUCAUGGUGUGGCCACGUGGGCCCUCCCUCCUGUACCAGCAGUGCCUGCGCAAUACCACGGCCAUCCAGAACAUGAAGCCAGGUGCAGUCUGGGAUCCCAGGACGAUGGCCGCUGCCGCAGAGAGCCUCCCGCCCGACCACGACGCCACGGCAACCACUGCCAUCACUGCCCCCAAGCUGGAGGGGUCGAGGGUCGCUGUGGGCCUCCCCGAGGGUUUUGACCCCCAGCAGCAGGACGGCCACGCCCAGUCCCAGGGGGGGCACCGCAAACGAUCAGCCUUCUCUCCCCCGAAAAGAGGCUUCGGACAGGCCUUCCCUCCAAGUACAUCUCACCCCCAGCCUCACCCUCACCACCCCAGCCAUGAACAUGUCCUGAACAAGCUGAGCAAGGACAGCGCCAAACACACGCUAUCCAUGAAGCUCAACUCCUUUCACUCACUCAUCCAGCAGACACUGAGUGAGAAGGCUAGGGCCGGGGCUGGAGAAAGCGAGAGGGCCGGGGCAGAGGUAGGAGCUGGGGCUGGGGAGAGAGCUGGGACCGGGGUCGAGCUCCGGGGCCCCUACUGUAACGAACUGCUGGAGGAAGCAGCUAGAAAAUACCGUGAAGCACCUUCUAAGGACUUCUACAGUUUCAAAGGCUCUAAUAGAUACAGCAAGGAGUUCCUGUCUAAGUCAGCCGGGACGAAGGUCGUGUCCAGCCAGUCUCUAUCCUUCUCUGUGGAGGCCAUUUUGAAUAGGCCAUCACCGGCUAUGAACAGAGCAUCACACUAACGUUAUGAACAGAGCAUCACACUAACGUUACGAACAGAGCAUCACACUAACGUUAUGAACAGAGCAUCACACUAACGUUACGAACAGAACAUCACACUAACGUUACGAACAGAGCAUCACACUAACGUUACGAACAGAACAUCACACUAACGUUACGAACAGAGCAUCACACUAACGUUACGAACAGAGCACUAACGUUACGAACAGAGCAUCACAGUAACGUUAUGAACAGAGCAUCACACUAACGUUAUGAACAGAACAUCACACUAACCUUACGAACAGAGCAUCACAGUAACGUUAUGAACAGAGCAUCACACUAACGUUAUGAACAGAACAUCACACUAACGUUACGAACAGAGCAUCACAGUAACGUUACGAACAGAGCAUCACAGUAACGUUACGAACAGAGCAUCACACUAACGUUAUGAACAGAGCAUCACACUAACGUUACGAACAGAGCAUCACAGUAACGUUACGAACAGAACAUCACACUAACGUUACGAACAGAGCAUCACAGUAACGUUACGAACAGAGCAUCACAGUAACGUUACGAACAGAGCACUAAUGUUACGAACAGAGCAUCACACUAACGUUACGAACAGAGCAUCACAGUAAUAACAGUCAUGUUUACCAGGAACGGACUGGGACCAAAAAUCAACCUCGUAUUUAUUUUUUCCUUGAGACCUCCAUUAUCGGCUAAAUAAUGAUGAUUCUGCACAAACCCCUCAAUUAAGUCUGGCCCACUGGCUUGAAAUAGACCAACCAUUCUGGCAUUGGACCAAUUGCCCUAAGACAUAUCCGUUUCUGUCUGCUCUGAACUAUGCAGUGCUCUCUCAGACCAUCUACUGUCCAAGGAUUUGAUCAGGAAAUUGUUUUAACUGGUCUUCCAUUACACACAGACACACAGACACUCCAUUAGAUGCCGAUGUCUGUCACUGUACUUAUUGCUGUAGUUGGUCUAUUUUGUUAUUCUUUUUAAAUAAGCACUGCCUCUCAGUACCGAUAUACUUCAUUCAAGCAGUAAUGUAAAUGUUUAUAUGUAUAUUAUAUUUUAAAUGAGCAUGUUGUAAAUCUCUUUAUGGUGUAGAGUAUUUAAAUGUAUCACUAAUGUGUCAAUAAACUUUAUAAAUAAUCAA